AUGACAAGAUUUAACAAGGAAAGACUUCAAAUACCCGACCUCCACAUUACAGCAGCAGUUUCUGCCCUCACCUAUACCAUAAGGUGUGAGGUCUUCAAAAUGUCUUUAUCAAAGACCCCACCACAGACAGUGAUCGAGCUCCUUAACCGAGCUGAAAAGUACAUCAAUAAGGAGGAGAUGUUAAAUCCAAGGAGAGCGGGAUAUGAAAAAAUUAAAGUGGCCUUCGAGGAUAAAGUCCCCCCUGACACAAGAGAUAGGAGCAAAUAUUGCGAAUUUCAUCGGGAUCAUGGGCAUACCAUGGAAGAUUGUCAAGCUUUGCAGCGGGAAAUCGAAGCUCUCAUUAAAAGAGGAUUUUUAAAAAAUUACAUUGAUCAUGAUAAACGGCCAAGGCAUGACCGUGACAAUCGGAAAGAGCCUGGAGCCGGAAGCAGUGCUCAACCCACUGUCGGAACCAUUAAUAUUAUCGUUGGGGGCAUAGCAUCCGGUGGAGACAUAAGUAGUGGGCGAAAGCAGUAUGCCCUCCAACAUGCUCAUACCCUAAGAGAAUCGAGUGAUGAAGUUAAAGACAUCACUUUUGGUGCAAGAGAUUUGGAAGGAAUAUCAUAUCCUCAUGACGAUGCCUUGGUCUUCUCUGCGGUUGUGGCUAACUUCGAAGUAAAGAGGAUUCUGAUUGAUAAUGGGAGUGCAGCAAAUAUACUCUCGCAGGAGGCUUUCGCCAAAAUGGGGAUCUCUCAGAAACAGCUCAAAGUAGUAAAGACCCUUCUACAGGGAUUUGGUGGUGGAGUCAUUAUCCCUGAAGGCAUCAUCGAGCUCCCGCUAACAUUAGGAUCUGGUCAUGGCAUCGGAGUAGUUAGAGGAAACGAAACGGCUGCCAGACUGUGCUAUGUUACUAGCAUUAGAGGAAUGAGUACAGACGUCAUGCAACUUUCAGACCUCGAGCUCGAGCCAAGGGACAGAUUAGCCCCCGUUGAAGAAUUAAAGGUGGUCAAGCUCGAGCAUAGGAAAGCCGUCACUAUUGGUCGGGAUCUCCAGGCCAACCUCCGGGAGGAAAUCCUUAAUUGUCUGCCCCGCAACAUCGAUGUUUUUGCAUGGAAGGUGGAGGAUAUGCCCGGGAUAGACCCAGAAUUCACCGUCUAUAGACUCAAUAUCAGCCCAGGGGCCAAACCUGUUAAGUAA